UACCAGUUGGGCUCUUUAGGGUGCUGGCAGUUGAAGAGAUGGAGCCGCUUCCUCGGGAACACCGGGCCCCUUAAAACGCUGCUAAUCGGAGCCGCCUUCCUCCCUGCAGCCUUCAGCAAGGAUGGAGUGAAAGCGGAUCCCUUGACUGUUCACGAGGAUUAGCAAUGGAAUUAAAGCAAUCUCUGUCUGUCCAUCUGGAAGCUGAGAAGCCUCUGAGGCGCUAUGGGGCGGUGGAGGAGACAGCAUGGAAAGCAGAGCGACUGGGAAGCCAGCUGGACAUCAUCUCCAUGGCUGAGACCAGUAUGAUGCCAGAGGAGAUCGAGCUGGAGAUGGUGAAAAUCCAGCGUCUCCGUGAAGUCCUGGUCCGUCGAGAGUCAGAACUCAGGUUCAUGAUGGAUGACAUUCAGCUCUGCAAGGACAUCAUGGACCUGAAGCAGGAGUUGCAGAACUUGGUCGCUAUCCCAGAAAAAGAAAAGACCAAGCUGCAGAAGCAGAGAGAGGAUGAGUUAAUCCAGAAGAUUCACAGACUGGUGCAGAAGAGAGACUUCCUGGUGGAUGACGCUGAGGUGGAACGGUUAAGGGAACAGGAAGAAGACAAGGAAAUGGCUGAUUUCCUGAGGAUCAAGUUAAAACCUCUAGACAAAGUAACCAAAUCUUCAGCUAGCUCCCGGGCAGAGAAGAAGGCAGAUCCCCCACCUAGCAAGCCAACAGUGGCCAAGACAGGCCUGGCACUCAUCAAGGAUUGCUGUGGGGCCACCCAGUGUAACAUCAUGUAACCCCUACGUGGGGUGCCCCAGAACCAUGGGGACCAUCCCUUCCACCCUCUUGUCCUCAUAGCCCCCAUUUUACAGGGGUCUAAGAGAUUUCCAAGGCAGAAGGGGUUGAAGGCAAGCCCAUGACUGCUAUCACGGGCCAUGGGCAUGGCAGGUGGGCCCAGCCACUGCUGUGCAGAGUGUAGCAAUAGAGAGCCCCUCACUGUCGCAUGGCCCUCCCAGAGCAUGCCCAACCCAGGAGUCUGUCUCGUCAGUUAUCCAACCACCCUUAAAACAGUAAACCCUCAUUAACCUACCACGUGAACAAACUGGGAAAGGGGCAUGACCCCCGGGUGUGGAUAGCUGUGAACUUCAAUAAUCUAGCACCAUGUUGGACCCAUUACCUAUCCACCCUCCCAGCUUUGCUGUCAGAUAGAAGUCCUGUUCCCUGUUUGUCCUCUCCCAGUGACUGUAGCCUGGUGGGUUCCACAUAGUCCACCCAUCUCUUAGGCUCCUUUGUAAUCAUUUUCCUAGAGACACUGGCCUGUCUGUGAAGGCUGAGCUUGUGUAUGGUGUUGGGUUUAUGCCUCCUGCUCCCUCCCAUUCUGUAUCUGGGCAUAGUUCAUAUCAGGUGUGUAUCUGCCAGGCUCCAGGCUCUUUCUCAAUUUGUCAUGUCCAACCCACAGUGGAAUGGGGUGAGGAGGAGUGAGUGAUCAAGAGCAGAUCCGGUGACUGGACCAGUUUGCAGAGAGCUGCAGGUGCCACUGUCGAAUGGUCAAGAAAGGGAUCCAGAACAGAUGCCAACCAGCAUCCUCUUCACCCACUGAGGGCUGCUGCAGGGAGUACCAGUGAGAGGUCACCCGCUGGCCCAACAUCUCAGUGAAGAAUAACUGACAGGCAGCAGGAGAGGAAGUGUGAUCCAACUGUGUCCCAGCCAUCUGGUGGCGUGUUUGAGCCAGUCCCACAAUUCCUCCUGUGUAACUUGAUGUACAUUUGCAAUGGCCAGCCUGGCACAGCCUGUGUGACCUCUCUGUGCGUAUAUGUGUGUUGUGAUUGGCCUAAGUAGUUAGCACCAGUCAAAAUUUACUGAUGUGCAAACUAUCCAUCAGAGAAAAUAAAAAUGAAAAACACACAGAGCAUUUUUAAAUUUCUUCCCUCUUUCUUGAUUAUGGCCAUAACUUGUGUGCACAGGAAGUUAUUUUAAAAGUACAGGAAGUAUAUAAAAAAAUUAAACACACACAACUUUCCCAGUGGCCGCUGGUAUUUUGGCAUAUUUCCUUGACGUCUUCUCAUACAUUUCUUUGUCAUGUUGACAUCAUAUUGAAACAUUUUAUGCCCAGCUUUCUUUUCAGUUAAUAUUAUACCACAUAGGCUCCUCCUACAUCAUUAAAAGCUCUCUGUUAACAUCAAACACUUUUCAUAAAUAUUUAUAAUGGCUGCUUAGUACUCCAUCCCAUGGACACUCUGUCAUCUGCCUCACCACUGCCUUACCACUGGACAUCUAGCCUGCCCACCUUUUCCCACAUAAAGUCAUGGUCAACACCCUGAAGAGAUAAACCUUCAUCUAAUUUCUGUCUUUUUUUUCCUAAGAUAAACUAGAAGAAACAUUAUUGGUCCAUUAGUGAGAAGCAUUUUCAAAAUACUUAUAAAUUUGUCUUGGGAUGUAGCUUAGGUAAGUGCUUGCCUCACAAGCACAAAGCCCCUGGGUUCUGUCCCAACUUACGUGUAAACUGGGUGCAGUAGGGCACA